AUGUGUUUGGGACCACAGGAACGAUGCGCUGUCCGUUUUGUGGUUUACUAUGUUAUGUCAGGGUCUGAACGAGUGACAGAGAAGGUUGGAAAUGAGCGAUAUUCUGUGUAUGGAAGCGCAGGAAUGGAGCGGUGUCAGGUGGACAGAGGUAUGGAUCGACAGCAAGUUGUUGGUGUUGGUGUUGGAAGAGCACAAAGAAUCGAGGCGAUUAAAGCCAAACCUGAGCUUGGAUUGAAACUGCAGAUGGAAAAAUAUGGGAUGCAACUGAUCAAUGAUUCAUCGCAACGGGUGCCGGCUCCGAGUAUUGUUGGCAAGAUGCGACGAAGAGAGCUAAAACCGUUAGGCACCCAUGCAGUGGGAAGCACAUGUUUUAGAGACCCCCAACGUUAUCACUUAUGGUGGAGAGGGCAGCUAAAAGAGGGCCGCCAGUACAAAACGCAGCAGGUGAGGAGGUCAGAAAGUGGAAGGUGGUUGAAAAGGUGGUACAGAAAAAGGCCAACACAGGAUGACUUUGAUGUGUGUUCCCCAACCCAAGGAUCUAGGGAAGACAUAACAUAUGGGAAGGAUGAACUACAAGAAAUUCCAGCAGUUGUUCCCAUGCCAUCAACCCUCACAGCCAGAACCAGUGCAAUCCUCAAAACACAAGCUGCAUGA